AACCUCUGAGCAUUCCCUCCCAGGACCGUUGGAGAAAUCUGACUCCCAAACAGGUGAGGAAGAUGAAAGUCAGAAUUCUAUGAAGCCACAUGAGAAUUCAUUGGGAAGAACAAAGAAACAGUUUAAAUGUAUGGAAUGUGGGAUAUGCUUUUAUCACAGUGGAAGUCUGAGGAUACAUCAACAAACUCACAAAGGAGAGAAACUAUAUGAAUGUAUGAAGUGUGGAAUGAACUUUAGUCAUAGUCAAGCACUUAGAAUACAUCAACGAACUCACACAAGGAAGAAACCAUUUGAAUGUAUGGAAUGUGGAAAGAGCUACAGUCGAAGUGGGGCACUUAGAAGACAUGAACGAACUCACACGGGGGAGAAACCAUUUAAAUGCAUGGAUUGUGGAAAGAGCUUCAGUCGAAAAGAAGCACUUAGAAUACACCAACGAACUCACACGGGGGAGAAACCAUUUGAAUGUAGGGAGCGCGAUAAGAGCUUCAGUCGAAGUAGGGCACUUAGAUUACAUCAACAGACUCACACCGGGGAGAAACCAUUUGAAUGUGUGGAUUGUGGAAAAAGCUUCAGUCAAAGCGGAUAUCUUAGAAUACAUCAACAAACUCAUACAGGGGAGAAACCAUUUGAAUGUAUUGAAUGUGGAAAAAGCUUCAGUCACAGCGGAUAUCUUAGAAUACAUCAACGAACUCACACGGGGGAGAAACUAUUUAAAUGUAUGGAGUGCAGUAAGAGCUUCAGUCAAAGUGGAUAUCUUAGAAUACAUCAACGAACUCAUAUGGGGGAGAAACCAUUUGAAUGUACUGAAUGUGGAAAGAGCUUCAGUGAAAGUGGACCUCUUAGAAGACACCAACGAACUCACACGGGGGAGAAACCAUUUAAAUGUAUUGAAUGUGGAAAGAGC